AUGAGUUGGACGUUCCUCAGAGACCUCCUGAGUGGAGUAAAUAAAUACUCCACUGGGAUCGGGCGGAUCUGGCUGGCGGUCACGUUCAUCUUCCGUUUGCUGGUCUACAUGGUGGCGGCAGAGCAUGUAUGGAAAGAUGAGCAGAAAGAGUUUGAGUGCAACGUUAGACAGCCUGGUUGUGAAAAUGUGUGUUUUGACUACUUCUUCCCCAUCUCCCAGGUCAGACUUUGGGCCUUACAACUGAUCGUGGUCUCCACGCCUUCACUUCUGGUGGUUCUACAUGUAGCCUAUCGUGAGGGUAGAGAGAAAAGGCACAGGAAGAAACUCUAUGUCAGCCCAGGCACCAUGGAUGGGGGCCUGUGGUACACUUACCCGAUCAGCCUCAUUGUUAAAACUGGUUUUGAAAUUGGCUUCCUGGUUUUAUUUUACAAGCUCUAUGGUGGCUUUAGUGUUCCCUAUUUUAUGAAGUGUGAUUUGAAGCCUUGUCCCAACACUGUGGACUGCUUCGUCUCCAAACCCACGGAGAAAACGAUCUUCAUCCUCUUCUUGGUCAUUACCUCAUGCCUGUGCGUUGUGUUGAAUUUCACUGAACUGAGUUUUUUGGUCCUCAAGUGUUUUGUUAAGUGCUGUCUCCAAAAAUACUCUAAAAAACUCAAGUCCUCAGUGUGUGAGUGCCACAACCUCAGAUAUGUUAAAUAUGGUGAGAUGGGGGCCCCUCCCUUGCUCCAGAAGCACCAUUUAGACUCAGCCAUGAGCACAGCCCAGGGAGGGGAAACAAAGGUACUCUGUGGCACACAAGAGGCUUAAAGCAAACCCGCAUCCCUCUGAAGUAGACAUAGGCUUCCUUGGAAAACGAAGGGUGUCAGCCUUAAUGUCACUUGGGAGGAAUUUUUUAAUUUUUCAAUAUGUGCUAGACAGAGGUCUCAUUGUUUGGUGGUAGCGUUCAUCCACAUGAACCCUACAUGAGUUGUGUUUGAAUGGUUAAUUGCAACUUAGUCUGAAGAAAGCCAACUAACAGCAUUCUUCUAAGUGCUUAGAUCUACCAACUGGAAAAUAUAAAAAGUGACACUUCUUUCGAAUGUGAUGGCCUCCAAACAACAAUUGAGGCACUGGCAAUCGUUCCAAGUGGCAGCCAACGCUCCACUCACUCAGCCCUACUCAAACUUUGUAGAGUAAGCCUGUGAUGAGGGUGGGGUAGCAGCUAACCAGGGGCACACAGAAGCACAUUCAGUGAGGGGGUUCAGCCUGGGGAAAACUCCACAGAGCCCAGGACGCUUUGCAGUUUAGGUGUCCCUGGAUAUAAGUGGACUAGGGGAAAGGGAAGAAAGCCAUCAUUUACUGGCCUCCAGCUUAAAUACAAAUGUUACUGGGAGAUAAUUCCACUUAAGCCUGAACUAGCAGACAUUUGCAAGGGUCAUUCUAGAGUCAUGAGGGAAGGCAGGUCCCACAGAGAGAAGCACAUUGGUAGGGAGCAAGGGGAAGACCCAGAUAAAGAAUAUGCCUACCUGAUAGUUACUGAACACUUAUCUUUAACCACAGAACAAUGAAAUACUUUGUAAAUUUCCAUAUGUUGGACCUUUAUACAAUCAGGAAUUUACAAUGUACUAUACAAUAUGUCAUAGUUUGCCUACGAUUUGCUAGUACAUCUCCUUCUAGAUAGUAAAAUG